CUUUAUAUCGGGAUCGAUGUUUCGUAAAUUGAUUCAAAAGUGUUGAAGUGAAAGUAGGCACAUGUGACGCAAUGGCUUCCUUCGAUGUUGAGGAUAUUUUUGAUCAGGAUGUUCCAGAAGUUGGCAUAGGUUCAAAAGAUGUAGAAAAACAGAAGGCAAAUCUUCAAAAGGAUGGUUUUCGUGCAGGCCUCUCCGAGGGACAGGAGGGGGAACUUCAGACAGGGUUUAACCAGGCCUUCUCCAGGUCUACCAUCCUACUACAGAAAAUAUCUACUGUCAGGGGACAGAUUUGUGCUUAUCUCUCUUUGAACCACAUCUACAGUGCUGACCAAAAGAGGCUCACUGAUGAUACUCAGAAAAAAUUGGAAGACCUGCUACAGAAUGUUCAGACUUUUGAGCAUACCUGUUUGAAUGCAUCAGAGACAGUUCUGGAGGAUGGAGAAUUUAGGGAAUGGGAGAGAGAGGUGGAGCAGAAAGUCCAGGAAUUUAGUUCUCAACUUUGUCAAAUUACUCAACGGAAAUGAUGAUGGGCCACCUGAACGAGCAAGAUUUCAUAAUGGGAAAUGGCCCAAGUACUGGGGAGCUUUUCGUCUCCAACGACUCUGGUGGGAAUGUCUGGAUUCUUCUCACUCCCACCAAGGACUAUCCACUCACUGGGUAUUUUGAAAAAGACUUUGGAUUGUCCACUUUAGCCAAAACUGGUGUCACAGCAAAUACAGUUGCAGAUUUGUAUAACGCAUGGACAAAAGGAAAGUGGGAAAUGAAAGAGAAAGAAAAAAUUUCAGGCGCCAUAUUGGAUUUUUUCAAAAACACGGGUUUACAUCUGACCUCCGGUUUUGCACGUGAUGUUUACGAUAAAAGCCUCUGUAACCCUUUGCAUUAUUUGAGUGCCUAUGGAUGGGGAAUACUGAAUAAUUCGGAAGAAAUUUGCGUCACGGUUUUAGUGGAAACGCCAAAUGAUGAAUUGAAGAUGACGCAAUUUAGAACACUGAAGAACUGGUCCUGGGUCGUAAAUUGCAAGUGCGUGACUCUUACAAAGGGAAAAUCACUUUGGGAGAAGAGAAUCUCCACUGGGUACCCAUUAAUGAAUUUGGAUAUAAAAGACGAUUAAUUUCUUAAUAAAAAUUAUUGCUAUAAAGAUAAUGACCACUUUAGAGGUGUCCAUGUUGUACUCCGUCAAACAGAUAAAUAUUGUUAUUUAAUAUUAUAUAUAUAUAUGUAUAUAUUUAAUAAGCAUUUUAUAGAAAGUUAAGCUCAAAUAACUAGUAAAUUG